AUGUCUUAAAUUCAUAACGAUCUUUGUAUAAAGAGUAUUGAUGAAUUGAGACAAGUAUUUAAGUAAGUUCAAAUUCCAACUAAAUAACCAUAACAAUAAUAAUAGUCUUAACAAUAAAGCCCAUAAAAAGAAGUCGAAAGAAUUAUUGAAACUACAGCACCUACUUCUUAACAUUAAUAAUUACAUUGUCAUCCAAUUUGUUUCCCUUCUCAUAUUUGUCAUCCUAUUAAUUAUUAGCCUUUUGUAAUAGUCCAAGAGUAACCUAUAAUAGAAAGGAAAUCAAAUAAAAAGAAGAAGAAAUACGUUAAGGAAGUAUAAGAAGAAAUUUAAGUUCAAAUACCAGUCAAAAAAUCUCGAUAAAAAAUUGAAUAACCCAAUUUUAAUGUAUAAAGGGAAGUCGAUCUUUUAGAAUAGCUUAUAAGAUAGGUUAAGAUUCAAGAAUAACCAGCUUAAGUGUUAGAAUAUCAUAUUAGUGUUCCUGAAUAGGAGAAACCAAAAGAUAAUACAGAAAUGAUUGCUAUGUUAUCAGCAUUAAAAUAAGAACCAAUAUAAUUACCUAAAGAUGAUUAUCUAAAAAUUGAAAAUGCUAGAUUAUAAGAAGAAAUUAAAAAUACUAAAAUAUAAUAUCAUGAGUUAUCAGUCAAAUAUGAAGAAUUAUAAAAAAGAAAGAGAAAAGAAAAAAUAGUUAAGGAGAUUGAAUAUAAGGAAAUACCAAAAAUUAUUGAAGUGCCUAGAGAUGUUAUUAAAGAAGUAGUAAAACCAUUUGAAGUUAUUAAAGAAGUAAUUAAAGAAGUUGAAAAACCAUCUUAAAUGAAUACAAAAGAAAUACCAAUUUAUAUACCAUAGUAUAAGGAAGUCACAGUUAACAAAGAAGUUCCAGUUUAUAAAGAAGUUCAAGUGGAAAAAGAAGUAAAAGUGUAUAAGGAUAUUCCUGUAUACAAAGAUGUCCCUGUAUAUUAUGAUGUUCCUGUUUAUAGAGAUGUUCCUAUAUAUUAAAAAGUACCUGUUUAUAAGGAAGUACCAGUUUAUUCAGAACCAAUAAAUGUUUACAGAGAAAUUCCAAUUAUUAAAUAGACAGAACGUAUUCCAGAAACAAUAGUAGAGUAUCCAAAUUUAUCCAGGACAAGAAGAGUGAUCUCCCCCAGUUAAAAUGGUAGAUCAUAUAUACGAUCUCCAUAAUCAAGAAUAGAAUAUUGA